UUAGAAAACCAAAUCAAUCAAAUCAAGAAGCAGGAUGGAUCUUAGAGCUAAGCACGGCCUGAUGCUGUUGGAGCAGCUCAAUCGCAUGCGUGAGGCUGAGCAGUUGACGGAUGUGGUGUUAGUCGCAGAAGGCAUCAGCUUCCCAUGUCACCGGUCUGUUCUUGCCGCAUUCAGCCCUUACUUCCGGGUCAUGUUCACCUGUGGCCUUCGUGAGAGCACAACCCGGCAGGUGGUACUAAGGGACAUGCCGGCUCAAAGCUUAGCCCUUUUACUGGAAUACAUGUACAGCUCCAAACUCCCACUUUCUCAUGAAAAUGUUCAGGGAAUCUCAGUCGCUGCCUUCCUCCUUCAGAUGGAUGAUGUCUUUGGUCGCUGCCAGGUUUACAUGACAGACAACAUGGAGGUCUCCAACUGCCUGGGCAUUUAUUACUAUGCCCGGGACUUAGGGGCUGAGGAGUUGGCAGACCAGGCUCAGCGUUACCUCCGACAGCACUUUACCGAAGUCUGUAUGAGCAGUGAAGUGCUGGAACUGGAGGCUCACCAGCUAGGUGCCUUACUAGCUUCAGAUGACCUUAAUGUGACUCGAGAGGAAACUAUUCUUGAUGUAGUGCUGCGAUGGGUAAAAUAUUGCUCAGCUGGUGUAGGUCUAGGAGAAGAAAACCGUGCCAACCAUCUACUGGAACUCUUAAAGAAGGUCCGUCUACCACUGAUAAGUGUAACUUAUCUGAAGGAGACGCUGCAGCGCAACACAGCACUGCUGGCUGAUGCAGAAUGUCUAGAAAUGAUGGAAGAUGCAAUCGAAGCAGCCGGUCUUCAUCCUGAUGCUCCAGCUCGACGACUGAAGCUGCGAUAUGGCAUGGAAACCACCCAUCUUCUACUAUGCAUUGGCAAUGAAAGUGGAGGGAUACGCUCACGAUAUGGUAGCUAUUCGGACCGAAGCUUCUGUUACGCCCCUUCCACUGGUCGCACAUUUUUUAUCACUUCCCCUCAAUAUGGUGAUGCCCUUGGAUAUGUCUGUGCAGGGGUUGUCACUGAACACAAUGACAUCAUUGUUGCAGGAGAAUUAGGGGCACGAAGAAUGGCAAGACAAAAGGAGAGAAAUGUGGAGAUUUUCAAGUAUAAUGAGGAAGCUCAAGGUAGCUGGAAACACCUGACUUCAGCAGAAUAUCGUGAUUCAUAUGCCCUGGGUUCCCUGGGCGACUACGUGUACCUAAUUGGAGGUCAGAUGAAGCUGAAAAACCAGUAUCUUAUGACCAAUAGUGUCGCUCGCUGGUCGUUACAGGGUGGCCCAUGGCGCAAUGCUGCACCUUUACCGAUGCCCUUGGCCUAUCACAGUGUUGUCCAGAUAAAAAAAAAUUUUUAUGUGCUUGGGGGAAAGACACCACAGACAUAUCAUGCAGAUGAUGAGCCUGAAAGCAUGAGUAACCACCUGCUGGAGUACAACCCAGAUACUAACAAGUGGAAUGAGCUCUGUCCUAUGAAGUAUUCCAAAUAUCGUUGCAGUGCAGUGGCACUUAAUGGGGAGAUCUAUGUUCUAGGUGGUAUUGGGUGUGAGGGUAUGGAUCGAGGGCAGUCACGUCGCUGCCUAGAUGCAGUAGAGAUCUAUAACCCUGAUGGAGAUUUCUGGAGGGACGGACCUCUGUUACCCCGACCGCUUCUCUCACUGAGAAGCAACGCACCUAACGCUGGGGUAGUGGAUGGAAAACUGUAUGUAUGUGGAUAUUACAGAGGAGCAGAUCGGCAUGACAUCCUCACCAAGGACAUCCUGCAGUUGGAUCCAUGGGAGAACGAGUGGACUGUGGUGGUUAAGCAGGCUGUAAUGCAUGACAGCUAUGAUGUGUGUCUGGUGGCGAACCUUAAUCCACGAGGACUCAUGUCUCCUCCGGCGGACUUAGUGGAUGAAUAACAAAAAUCAUUCAUGUAUGACACUGACACUGUCAAGUUAGUCUUUGCACAUCUUUGAGCUGAUUACAAAAUAUCUCCUCAGCUGUACAUAUUGGUUGUGUUUUAUUCACUUAAUGGUGAUUAAAUCAAAUGUAACUAGGAUGUUGAAAAAACUACACACUACACACUCAUUUACAAGGGAAUCCUUGGCAACUGUUAAAAUCCCACUGCUGCAUUUAAUUUGCAUUAAUAUUUUUAAGACUACCGCACUACCAGACUGUUAUCAACAUUAUUUCUUAUUCAUCUUUUUAAAAAGUUGACCAGUUUAACUGAAUGUAGUGUAACAUAAUCAUGCAUCGGCUGAUCCAAGCUUAAGUUUCUGUCAUUUACAUUAGUGAAAGAUAUAAAGGAGAAAUUAAUCAUGGCUGGCUGUCUUAUCCGAAAUGGCCAAUAUGAAACAAAAAUAGUUUAUGUGGUUAGAAAACAUGCAUGUCAUUUUAGUGGGAGGUUCUACCACUAACUAUGGGAAUAUAGUUUAAUCUUUGGUUGUGUUCCAAACCCCACAGUACUGUACCAAAAUGCUAUUGUAUCAAGUUGAUACACCCCAAUAUGCAUAAUUUCCGAAUUUUACAGAAUAUGUUGAUUUAUUUUAGGGUUUAAGAUGUAAAAUUCACAGUGAUAUAAACUCGACCUGCAAACAUGACACCCUUACAACAAACCACCAAACACUGACAGGUGCCAGGAAUUUCCUGUGAAUGUAGCCUUGGACUGAUUUUAUAUAUGCACUAUAACUCAUAUUUUUAAAUAACGAAUUAUAUUACUUUGUUCAGCUGAGAUUAAUACAAUAGACGUAUUUAGUUAAAAACUGUAUAAUCAAGUGAUUCAAACAGAACAGCUGUUUAAUGGCAUGGAAUUGUAAUAGAUUACAGAGAAUACCAAAGCAUAUACUCAUUCUAGAUGAGAAUAAAAAAAGUGUACUAUUUAA